AUGAGAUCCUCAGACUGGGCAGAUCUGCCUGAGCACCUAUUGGAUUCAGUUUUGAAGAGAUUACCAUCAACUUCAGACUAUAUGCACUUCAGCACUGUUUGUACUGCAUGGAAUUCUGUAGCCAAGCUCAACCUGAGUAGAAAACGCAUAGUUCCGAUGCUCUUGGCUUAUUCCGGUAAAGACUCUACGUGGAAUUUAUGCGACAUCACGCGUGAUAAGGUUCUUGAUUUGCAGUUGGAAUUGCCAAAGAGGAGAUAUUUUGGGUUUUCUAAGGGAUGGUUAAUAACCAUGGAUGAGAAUUCUGUAGUAACCCUUGUAAAUCCAUUCUCUAGAGUCAAAGGGAUGAGUUUUGCUGAAAAGUCAAUCAUCAAACUUCCUGCACUGAAGCGUCCACAGUGUGAUGCUCAUCACCAUUCAGACAUAUACAUCUACAAGGCUAUGAUUUCAGCUGACCCGAUUUACGCAAAGGAUUGCACUGUCGUGAUCAUAUAUGGUUACUUAAUGCAGCUGGCUUUUAUUAGACUUGAAUCACUUGAUACAGAUAAGACAUGGACUUAUAUUAACGAAGGAGUGCGGCUAAUUCAUGAUGUUGUUUAUGUUGAAGACAAGUUCUUUGCCGUCGAUGGUCAUGGUUCAGUAAUGUCUUUUCUCGUUACCCCUAACCAAGAGGUAGAUGUAAAAUUGGUUGGACAAUAUUUUGGCCAACCCAGCAUCAUCAAGAGAUAUCUGGUGGAGCUGAGUGAUCGGAAAGAACUAGUAAUGGUACAGAGGUAUCGAAUGGCCCCGCCAGAACGUGAGACAACAAAAUUCGAACUCUUUCAACUACAUGCUGAUACGCGUAAGUGGAACGAGAUAACAAGUUUAGGUGACGCUGCUCUCUUCUUGGGGGAGAACUCUUCGAUAUCUUUAAUGGCUCCAGAGGUGUUAGGAUGUUUACCCAAUUGCAUAUACUUCCUACAUGAUUAUCAUAGGGUACCUCGUAAGAAACCUCGUGAUUUUGGUUUGUAUAACAUCAAAACCGCAAGCUUCUUACCUGUUGACGACACACAAGCGGCAACCCUAAUCAAGAUGAGCAAUCAAAUACCAAUUUGGGUCAUGCCAAAAAUCAAGUUGUAA